AUGGUUUUUCAAGACGAGGUUCGACGGGAAUUUCAAACUUGGGUUAAUUCGGUGAAAUAUUUACCAAAAUAUCGCAUUGGUGGUCAACAAGAGCCGGAACGACAUGCUUUAUUUUAUGGACCACCGGGUUCGGGAAAAAGUUAUUUAGCCGAAAAGUUCGGAGAAAACGAAGCCCGUGCUUACAUUUUCGCGGAAUUCGGAACCGAAACUUAUGCCGGAAGCGCCAAACAAAAAAUGAAUAAGGUAUUUGCUGAGGCCGAAUAUAUACUAACAAUGAAAGGCCAAGAUAAGCCAGUAGUAAUUAUUAUUGAUGAAAUUGAUUCCGUGGGAAUAAAAGACCCUUUGUCGGGCGGUGCCAGUGUUUCCGAAACUAACGGAAUUUUAACCAUGAUUGACCGAAUAAAAGAAAAAGGAUUAAACAUUAUAGUUAUUGGAAUAACUAAUUAUCCUAAUGUUCUCGAACCGGCUCUUACCCGCACUGGUCGCUUAGGUCGACAAAUUAGCAUUCCUUAUCCAACCAAGGAAGAAAUAAACAAAAUGGUUAACUAUUUGGAAAAAGACAUCAAAAAAGAAAAAACUGGUGCUUAUAAAUAUGAGGGCAAUAAUGAUUUUUGGUCUAAUAUUCGCCAAAUUACCCAAGACGCCUUUGCUCGCUGUCAACAAGAAAAAGUCGGAAUUUCUUAUAGUGAUUUGGAAAUGUCGGUCAAAGAUGUUUUAGCCAGACAAGUCAGCAAAAAUUCAAAAACGAUUAUUCCGCAAAGUUCUGAUUAUAAAGAAGAGUUAGCCAAAAAAAUCGACAAUAAAAUAAGAACUAAACCAAAAAAAAGACCUAAUCAAAAAGAAAAAAAGCAUAUUGCGGGAUUUAGCCCUGAGUGCUUUUAUAUUGAAAAAAUUGGUGAAAAAAAAUUAGAAAGUCCACUAAUUUUGCGUCCCACUAGCGAAGUAGUAUUUUAUGAUUAUUAUCGGCAAAUUCUCAGCAGUUAUCGACAAUUGCCGCUUCUCUAUAAUCAAUGGUGUUCGGAAGGUCACACUUUACAUAGCAGCGAACAAGAGGCCCGAGAAUUGGCUUUAAAUAUUCUCGCCGAUUACCAAGAUUAUGCCGAAAAUACACUUUGCCUAGGCGUAAUAGUUGGUAAAAAAACUGAAGGAGAAAAAUUUGCUGGAGCCUUGGAAACUUAUACCGCGGAGUGCCUUUUGCCGGACGGACAGUCCGACAAAGAGGGUUGCCCGUUCAAAAUAAUUUUAGGUCCAGAAGAAUUAAAAAAUGGAGAAAUCACCUUAGUCAAGAGAGAUAAUGUCGAGCAGAAAAUUACUGUUAGUUUCGAAGGAAAUGAAACUGAGAAGAAAUACUUACUCGAUUUUGAAAACAAUUUAGCCAAGAAUUUCGAAACAUAUAACUUAGAAAAUAAGUUCCAAGAGCAAUUAGCCACUGAACGCAAGGAAAUAGUAAAUUCAGUAAAAAAAGGAUUUAAAAAAGAUAAAAUCAUUAAAGUUAUUAAGCAAGAAAUAACGGAAUUUAAAAAAAAUAUUUAUCAAAAAAGCAUAGAGUUUCGGAAUAAGCACAUUUUUCCAGUCAAUAAUUAUUCAGAAUUACAAGAGAAAAUAAAAAAAGGAGUAGUAGGAUUAUUUUUGGUUCCUUUUUGCAAUAAUUUAGAUUGCGAGACAAAAAUAAAAGAAAAAGUGCCUUCUUAUAGUAUUAGGUGUAUCGCCCUGGAAAAAAAACCAGUUGCGUCACCGAAAUGUCUUUUUUGUCAAUUACCGGCUGCUGAUAUGUUAGAAAAAGUCAAAAUUAAUUUAACUGCUGACAACGUUUUAGAAAUUAUUACUCCUACUUUGCUUUCUGCCGAAUAUAUUGGAGUUCACACUAAAUUCAGCACACUGGAUGGGAUAAGCAGUCCGUCUGAUUAUGUGGCAAGUGCUCGCCGAAAGAAUUAUGCGACCGUGUCAGUAACCGAUUAUUAUAACGUCCAAGCUUUUCCCGAGUUUAGUAAACAUCAGGAACCAGAUUUACAAAUUAUUUAUGGUUGUGAAUUAGAAAUGUUGGAAGAUAAUUUACCGCCCUAUAUUUUUAACCACUCUGACCAAAUUUUAAAAGAAAAGGUUAAAGAUUUAACUUAUUGUGUUUUUGAUUUAGAAACAACUGGCUUUUUUUCGGCUUAUAACGAAAUUAUUGAAAUAGGCUACGUUAUUUAUCACCAAGGGGAAAUUAUUCGCGAAGGAGAAUAUCUAAUCUGCCCAGAAAAAGAAAUCGCCCCCGAAUUUGACAAGAAAAAUUGGGCGAAGAAUUACCCUAUCCCGUUCUUGAUACUUUGCCUUUAUCCUGAAUAUUGUUUCCCGACCGCAAAUCGAGAAGUAAAAGAGUUAAUAAAUAAUGGCUAUUUUCCUAACCGCGGCUAUAAAGUAAAAGUUUUGGCAACUAAUCAAGAGGGGUUACAUAAUCUUUAUCGUCUGAUAACUCUUUCUCACACCCAAAGACUAUUCAAAAAGCCUUGUGUUUUUCGUUCGGAUUUAACUAAAUAUCGGUCCGGUUUAUUAAUUGGGGCCGCGGGUGGCAGAGAGGGAGAAAUAUUUGCUCUUUUUAGUGCUUUUAACUCCGCGGAAAAAAUCAAAGAAGCGAUGCGUUUUUACGAUUAUGUUGAAGUGAAUAGUCCCGAAACCUUUUGUCAUUUGUGGUUAAACGGAAAAAUUAUGGAAAAUGAACUGAAAGAAAUGAUUUACCAAAUUAUUAGCGUGGCCGAAGAAUUAAAAAUUCCUGCUUUGGCUUCCCAUAACGUUCAUUACUGUGAAAAGAAAGAAAAAAUCCUCAAAGAAAUCAUUGUCGCAAAUGAAGGAAUGAACGGGGUUAGACAUUAUCUUUAUAGUGAAGCAACUUUGGAGGAAAAAGAGGACCGUUUUGCUUACUUGCCACCUCAGCACUUACUUAACAAAGAAGAAAUGAUUGAUAAUUGGCUUUUUUUGAAUAAUAAGGAAUUAAUCGAAAAAAUCAUUUUUCGUUAUCCCCAGCAGAUAGCCAGUAAGGUAGGAACAGUUAAAGUUAAACAACCUCCGCUUAAUUACUCAGGCACCGCCAACAUUAAAAAAGAAGAAAAUGAUUUAAUAAACUCUUAUACCCAACGCACUAACGAAAUAUUUGUAGUGCAAAAAACUCAUGAUGAUGGCUAUUUAAUUGGUUCGCGGGGUUCAAUCGGUUCUUCCUUUAUUGCUUAUUUAUGUGGUAUUACUGACUUAAAUCCGUUGCCAUUUUAUAAAUUUUGUGCUAGUUGCCAUUAUACCGAAAUUUAUCAAACCCAAGACAAAACUUAUUCUUGUUAUGAUUACCAAGCCCAAGAAAACUGCGAAAAAACGCCUGAUAUUGACCUUAAUUUUUCCGGAGAUUACCAAAAAACAGCCCAUAAUUAUAUUCGCCAAUUGUUAGGCGAAAAUUCGGUUUAUCGCAUUGGCACCAUUAAUACUUUAUCGCAACAAACUGCCGAAAUUUUUUACAAAGAACAUCUUAAAUUACGCAAAAAACUUAAUUCACCCGAACAUAUUCGCGAGUUUUCUAAUUCGGAAUUAAUCGCCCAGGAAAAAAUUAAAGAUUUGGAAAGAAGAUUAGCCCGGGCUCGGAAAGAAAAAAGUCAAUUAGAAACUGAAUUAAAAAAAUUAGAGCAAGAAUAA